AUGGCGGCUAGCGAUAAGAAAGUUGAAUCUGUGUUAAAAGCCGACGUUGGCGACACGGGCAAAGGAAAGAAAGGCAAACCUCGAGCGAAACGUAAAUCGAAGCGUGGCAGUACUGGCAAAGUAGGAAAAGUAGUUAAAAAAACACGUAAACCACGAAAAUCUGGUCAAGGGAAGAAAAAGAAGGCAACGGAAGAAGAAGUGAAAGUAAAAGCACAAGAACAGCCGCAGGGAUCAAAACUGGCAGAUCCUCGGUCAUCGCGUAAAAGUGGUACUGACAAUUAUUUCACAUCAAUCUCCCUGACAAGACCUACUGGAGGAAGUACCGGUUCUAAGACAAAAGAAAAAUCGGCCCAGCACUCAAAGAGAACUUCGUCGGGAAGAAAGCAAAGAAUAAAAUCAAUCCUACUCGUUCGAAAUCUAGGCGAGAAACCUCAAGUCGGCAAUCGCACUCCGGACUCUGGUGAGGUACGGAAACGUACGGACGGUUUUCGCUGGUCUGGCGAAGGAGAAAAACGACAGCUGGAAGUUGUGAAUAUAUGCGCACACUGA